AUGCGUUUGCACUUAGGAUACUGCUUAAUCGGUCUUCUGUCCCUGCCAUUCACGGAUGCCGAUGCCGAUUUCGACAGCGUCAAGACCCAUCUAACGAAGUCGCACGCCGAUAUCGACUCCAAGAAACCCAACAAAUACUUCCACGAAGCUACUUUCUCCCGACACUAUGACGGCCGCUUCGGCGAGAAAGAACUCCCCUACAAUGAGCGCCGCGACCGCUUGUCAUACCUAAUCCAAGCCUACCUCCGCACGAUGAACGACAUCGGCAUCGAGACAUUCCUGAUGCACGGCUCCUUACUAGGAUGGUGGUGGAACAGCAAAGUGAUGCCCUGGGACAACGACGUCGACGUCAUGGUCUCGGAGCGGUCAAUCCGGCACCUGGCCAACUACUACAACAUGACCAUCCACCGCACCCACCUCCCCAAUCUCUGGGCGCCACGCCAAUACCUCCUGGAGAUCAACCCGCACUACCUCAACGCCUCCGUAGAUUCCGACAACGGUAUCGACGCCCGCUGGAUCGACACCGACGUUGGCCUCUACAUCGACAUCACCACACUCCGCGUGAACCAUACCGCGCAAUCCCUCGGCUCCGACGGCGCGAUGAUGGCGAAAGACGGCCAUUCCUACAACUACGAUGAUAUUUUCCCGCUGCGGACGACGAAGUUUGAGGGUAUGCCGGCGAGAAUUCCCUAUGCCUACGCGGAUCUCCUCAUGGAGGAAUAUGGCGAAGAGGCGCUGUCCCGGGUGGAGAUUGAGGACCACAAGUAUGAUUUGACGAGGGAGGAAUGGAUCCCGAAUGUCAAUGCGAAGGCGAAGGAGAGGAUGAGGCAGAAGGUUCUGGAUGCGCAGGGAGGGUGA